AUGGGCACCACAGAUAUUACCCUUGACAGGGCUUACUUGGCCGCAAUAUGGCUGGAGACACUUUUCUACGGCAUGAACGUGGUCUUGUUUUUCUCGUGCCUGUUCAUCCUAACGAUCCGACGGCGGACACCUCAUGUCAACAAAAUGCUCGUCACUAUUGCCCUGCUCAUGUUCACCUUCUCCACUUGCCACGUCUUCUUGGGGUUUUAUCGCCUCAUCAUGGGAUUCAUUGUGCUACGCGAUCAACCUGGUGGCCCGGCUGCAUUCUUCUCAGAUGUGUCAAUACCGGCCAACGUGGCAAAGGUAGGAAUUCAUACUGUGAAUUCCAUAGUUGGCGAUAGCGUAGUGGUCUGGCGAUGCUAUUUGGUGUGGGGCAGAGACUGGAAAAUGUGCGCUGCGCCGAUCAUCUUGGUAAUUGGAUCUGCAAUUUGUGGGUUUGGACAAACAGUCUAUUUCGCCAGAGGGCAACAGUACCAUAGUGCCUUUGCGCAUCCACUCGUGGUGUGGAACGGAUCGCUAUUCAGUUUAUCUCUCACCACGAACGUAGUGGUGACUUGUCUUGUUGGCCUGCGGGUCUGGUGCGUUUUCUCAUGCUUCACGACUGCAUCAUGCAAAGAUCAUGAAACGAUAUAUGUCAGGUUCAUUCUACGCAUGUGUGGAGGAACAGUCAAUUUUCGAUACUGGCGGAUACUGUUGAUCGUGAUCGAGUCCGGCAUGAUAUAUUCUGUCGCUCUGAUUUGUGAAGUUACCCUAUAUUUCCUGGGCCUCAACUCGUUUUACAUCGUCUACGAUCCUAUAGGCCAGCUAACGGGGAUCGUGCCUACCAUGAUUCUGGUCCUCGCGGGAUUGGAGCUUACCACAAACGACGUCCAUUCCCGGCUGACCGGUACCCAGCUCUCAACCGCGCGUUUCCGUACAAGACCUUUGAAGACAACGGAUGAAAGUGGCACGCUCCCUUUGGACACGAUCCAGUUUGCGAGCGUGUCCUCCUGUGUCCGCGAACGCAAAUCUACUCUCCCUGCCGCAGUCCUGGACGAUAGCGAUGUCGAGCCAGACAUGCCCACCAAAGUGCCAUUACGAUCAGAGAGGAAGACAUUAGACGCAUGA